AAUAGUAAGACAGAGUCAAAGGAUGGUGGAGAUGAUGAACGGGGAAACAUCAGACUGUUGGUGGUUUGAAGGUCAUGAAAUCUCCAACCCUUCUCCAUGGCUCCAAACAACUAUUGCUGGGCUGAGGAAAGUUGGUAAUUACGAAAUAACGAUAUCAUCUAUGAAUUACAGCAUUACAUUCGUUUUUGGGUCCACAAGCUUAACGCUGAAAUUGAUUGAAGAAGAUGCAGAUAACUUCGCCGAACGUGCAGAAAUGUUUUACAAGAAAAACAAGACACAGGAAGAUCAACUAAUGCAGAAGGAUGCAGAGAAGAGAGAAGUUAUUAGACAGCUGACCCUGACUGUGGGAGUUCUCAAGGAAGAAAAUAUGAAACUGAUAAAGUAUAUAGCCAGAGACUCCAAGAAACUUAGAUUGAUAGAAGGAUUUUUCGGAAAAGUUAUUUAGCCGGUCUUCUGAGUCUCAGGCUAGCGUUUUGCCUCUCCGGAUAUGGGUUGGAUGGAGGGAAGUAGCAAAAUAUGUAGCAUACAGUUUGUAUUCAAUAUAGCUUGUAAAUUUAUAUCCAUCGUAGUUAUAAUCCUUGAUAAUUUGGCAAAUUUUAAGCCUGAUUCAGAUUAUAACUUUAGAGGUGUUAUAAAUUUUUCUAUGCUAGUAGCCUCGUAUACAGAGAAUAUUCAUUUUGGCUGCAAAA